AAUUGAAACAAGAAUGCCUCGCCCGUGGCCUGGAAGCAAAAGGGAAUAAGCAGGAUCUGAUCAACAGGCUCCAGGCAUACCUCGAGGAGCACGCUGAAGAAGAGGCAAAUGAAGAAGAUGUCCUGGGAGAAGAAAUAGAGGAAGAAGAGCAGAAGCCAGUAGAGCCGCCCGUCAAAGUAGAAGAGCCUCCUGUAAAAUCGCCUGAUGUGAGUACAGAAAAGAAAGUAGUGAAAAUAACAUCAGAAAUAUCACAGAUGGAGAGAAUGCAGAAGAGGGCUGAACGCUUCAAUGUGCCCGUGAGUCUGGAGAGCAAGAAGGCGGCACGUGCAGCUCGGUUUGGUAUGGCCACAGUUUCGACUAAAGGCCUCUCUGCAGACAGCAAACCUACGGUAAACAUGGAUAAAUUAAAGGAAAGGGCUCAAAGAUUUGGGUUGAAUGUCUCUUCGCUCUCCAAGAAGAGUGAAGAAGAUGAGAAACUGAAGAAGAGAAAGGAGCGGUUUGGCAUUGUAACGAGUUCAGCUGGGGCUGGAGCUACAGAGGACACAGAGGCAAAGAAGAGGAAAAGAGCAGAACGCUUUGGGAUUGUCUGAUGCCAGUCUGUUUUAGCUUCAACCCAUUUGCAGUGUGCCUCUUGAAAUAACUCUGUCGAGCUGGAUAACUCACAGACUUGCUGAAGAAGCCUCAGUCUUCUCCGAGCUGCCAGACAGUGCAGGAAAGCUCCGGUGUUAUCCUAGGACCUGUGUUUUAAAAAUGUGGAAGUUCUUGGUAGCUGUGUAGGAACACAGUUCCUUCUGCUGCGUAACCGUUCAGUGAAAUUGCAGAAAAAUUGGCCAAGUCACAUGAAAGGCAGCGUUGUUGCAACUUGUUAAGUGCUUUUAGUUGCUUUUAGUGUUUCAAACGGCACCUCUGUUCUUAGGGAGCUGUGAAGAACAAUUUCUCGUGUUAGCCUGCAUAGGUGGAAGAAGUGGCAGCAGUGGGGAAGUGUAGGGCCUGGAGCCAGUUGCUGUUUGCUUAGCAGUGCUGCGAUAGCGAGCGAAGCUAUCCGGUGCCCUUUCUUCUGCCUUCCUAGAGAAUCAGUUCCACUUGCAAGCAUACGUUCCUGCUACGUCUUCCAUCUUGUGCAGUGCUUUCCCUCACACUGAUACCUCGGCCCCAGGUAUAAGCAGAAAUUUAUAUAUCUUCUUGGAUUUUUAGAUGGGCGUUUUGGCCGAAACCCUCUUGUCUGAAGACUUGCGUCCUCGGAUUUUUAUUUCUGACUGUAACCUCUUAUUGGAAAGAUAUUUGCAUUGUGCAUACUUGGUUCCUUGAGAUGCUAGAGAACAGUGGAUGUGUCUACAAAUCAAGCUUUUUAGAGGCUUAUACCUGACUCUUAAUAAGCAAUAGAUAUAUAUAUUUUUAACGUGGAAGUCUCCAAACUGCUUCUGUUCCAUUAAUGUUUGCAGUCUGACUGCAUAUGUGUGCCCUCAGUGACUCUAAGCAAUACCUUGGACGUUUGUUUACUUUCCCAAAGGGCAGCUAAAAGCCACGGGGUCCGGGUUACGUUGUGUGUCUUGGGUUGUCAGUGGCUGAGUGAAUCGAAGCUCCCUUACUCUUUCUUGAUUUAAUGUAAUAACUUUAUUCUGAUUGGUUUGGUUUUUUUUGUAUGUCAGAUUUUGUAAGAUGUAUUUUCUAUUUGGCUCAUGAUCCUUUUGCUCAUUAUUUGCUUAAAAUGUUUUGUAGUGUGCCAGGGCAAACACUGCAUUUCAUUCUUGGUUUCAUAAUAAAACUGCUUCUUCAAGGCAAUUCUA